GGUUUGUUUACAGUAAAGGUGAAUCGUCGUUCCCUAAUACUCGGUACAAAAUGGAAGACCCCAGUAUUAAGUAUAUUCUUCUACGCGAUCGUGUCGGACACCUACGUGUAAAAAACAUGUUUACGCUCGGCCUUACGACGAAGUCUACACCAAAACAAGUUUCGCGAGGUGAGCUGUUAGAAGGUGUUCCUGGGGCUAAACAGCCUGUAGACUCAACUGAAGUAGCUGUUGUUGGAAUUGAACGUAAAUCAUUACGUCUUGAAUGUUCUGUGGAGGAUGUGACUCGACUAUCUGAGGAAGAAACCAACUUGCUUUUAGCAAUUACUUUAUCUGAAGAAAGGUACCAGACGCAUAUAGAUAGGAAACGUAUGGCAUUUGGCCGACAAUUGUCACAAGGAAGUGCUGUUUUCGUUGAAGUGAAAGGAAAUUCAAAGUUCUUGCCUGGUAUUGUUCGGUACAAAGGUGUAUUACCACCCAGUUUGGGAACUUGGUUUGGAGUUGAACUCAUCAAUCAUCCAGGGUCAGGAACAUGUUGUGGAACAUUUGGAAACAAGCAAUACUUUAUUUGUAAGCAAGACUCUGGGGUUUUUGUUGGAUUGGACAAGUUGACACCUAUAGAAGACGAAGAUGACUUGAAAUCUUUAAACGUUGCCAAAAAAGACGACACGGACAGCAACACAACUAAGAAUCAUCCAGGUUCAGGAACAUGCGAUGAAACAUUGAGAAAGAAGCAAUACUUUACCUGUGAGCCAGACUGUGGGAUUUUUGUUGGACUGGACAAAUUGAGGCCUAGAGAAGAUGAAGAUGACUUGAAAUCUUUAAACAUUGCCAAAAAAGACGAAAAUAUUCAGGAUAAACUUAUAUCAAGUCUUAAGGAUUCAAUACUGUCAUUUUGGAAGAUAAAAUCAGAGCAAAUGUCUUUUCAAGGAAUUGAUGGAGUGCUUAAGACUGAUGAAAGAGUUGUGACCUUUAUUAAGGAUAGUCCAGCCAGAGGUACUGUGCGAUAUAUUGGAAAGGAGGUUGAUUCAGCUGCAAAUAUUUACAUAGUUGUAGGACUAGAACUGGAUGAAAGCAUGGGUUCUGGCUGUGGUGAAAGAUUUGGCUCUCUAAAAUUUCUUUGUAAGAGAGAUUAUGCAGCAUUUGUACCAUUGAAAACUGUCAUACCAGAGAAGGACUUUGACGGUCAUCGUGAAAAAGCUGCAAGACAAGAAACUCUGGGAAAGUGGGAGCAAAUUCAUGAUGAUGAAAUGUAUGCAAGAUCAAUGAGCUGUGUUAAUGUACCAUCAGACCAGCAACUGACAGAGAAAGAGGAGCAAGAAGGAAAUGGUCACAGGCUGGUGAGAGAACCGAUGGAGCAGGUGACACAUUUGCAAGCAGAAAUACCACCAUCUGAGGAAGAAACCAACUCACUUUUUGCAACUACUUUAUCUGAAGGAAGGUACGAAACAUAUGUGGCUAGGAAACCUAUGGCAUUUGGCAGACAAUUGUCACCUGGAAAUGCUGUUUUCGUUGAAGUGAAAGGACAUUCAAAUGUUUUGCCUGGUAUUGUGCGUUACAAAGGUGUAUUACCACCCUGUCUGGGAACUUGGUUUGGAGUUGAACUCAUUAAUCAUCCAGGUUCAGGAACAUGCGAUGGAACAUUUAGAAAGAAGCGAUACUUUACCUGUGAGCCAGACUGUGGGAUUUUUGUUGGACUGGACAAAUUGAGGCCUAGAGAAGAUGGAGAUGACUUGAAAUCUUUAAACAUUGCCAAAAAAGACGAAAAUAUUCAGGAUAAACUUAUAUCAAGUCUUAAGGAUUCAAUACUGUCAUUUUGGAAGAUAAAAUCAGAGCAAAUGUCUUUUCAAGGAAUUGAUGGAGUGCUUAAGACUGAUGAAAGAGUUGUGACCUUUAUUAAGGAUAGUCCAGCCAGAGGUACUGUGCGAUAUAUUGGAAAGGAGGUUGAUUCAGCUGCAAAUAUUUACAUAGUUGUAGGACUAGAACUGGAUGAACGAGUGGGUUCUGGCUGUGGUAAGAGAUUUGGCUUUCAAAAGUUUGUUUGUAAGAGAGAUUAUGCAGCAUUUGUACCAUUGAAGACUGUCAUACCAGAGAAGGACUUUGACGGUCAUCGUGAAAAAGCUGCAAGACAAGAAACUCGGGGAAAGCGGGAGCAAAUUCAUGAUGAUCAAAUGUUUGCAAGAUCAAUGAGCUGUGUUAAUGUACCAUCAGACCAGCGACUGACGGAGAAGGAGGAGUCACGUGAAUAUCAGCGACAACUGGAAGAUGUAACCCAGCAAUUGACGAUUGUCCAAGGGAAGCUACAAGAGAAAUAUGAAGAAACUGCUAAUUUACAGAACCAAGCUACUGCCUUAAGGCAACAACUGAAUGAAAAAGACCAGGAAAUGAAUGAAUCGGAAACAACUCUGUCCAUAGCUCUGGACGAGUUAAGUGAACAUCAACGACAACUGAGAGAUGUAACCCAGCAAAUGACGAUUGUCCGAGGGCAGCUACAAGUUAAAGAUGAAGAAACUGCUAAUUUACAGAACGAAGCUACUGCCUUAAGGCAACAACUGGAGGAAAAAGACCAGGAAAUGAAUGAAUUGGAAACAACUCUGUCCACAGCUCAGAAUGAGUUACGUGAACAUCAACAACAACUAAGAGAUGUAACCCAGCAAAUGACGAUUGUCCGAGGGCAGCUACAAGAGAAAUAUGAAGAAACUGCUAAUUUACAGAACCAAGCUACUGCCUUAAGGCAACAACUGGAGGAAAAAGACCAGGAAAUGAAUGAAUUGGAAACAACCCUGUCCACAGCACAGGAUGAGUUACGUGAACAUCAACGACAGCAGUCCCCUGAAUGGGUCAUUCCGCGGGAUCACAUUAAGCUGACAAGUAAAUUUCUCGGCAAAGGAGGCUGGGGAAUUGUUGUCGAAGGCAAAUAUUGUGGUUGUUCUGUUGCAGUGAAACAGAUCCAUGAGUUGAUUCGCUCUCCUCACAACCGCAAAUUAUUUGAGCGAGAAAUGGAUAUUGCAUCAAGAUGCCGCCAUCCUUGCUUGCUGCAGUUCAUCGGAGCUACAAACGACGAAGAGAAUCCAUUGUUUGUAACAGAGCUCAUGGAAACAAGUUUACGAACUCUGUUGGAACAGAGACUUCUCUCUGAGGCUAAAAUGUCUGUUAUUUCCCUGGAUGUAGCUCGGGCGCUAAACUACCUUCACAAAAAGCAACCAAUUCCUAUUAUUCACCGCGACAUCAGCAGUGCAAAUGUGCUACUUUGGAGACAGGGUGAACAUUGGCGAGGCAAAGUGUCAGAUUAUGGAACUGCCAACUUUAUGCAGCAGACCAUGACAAUUGCUCCUGGUGCCCUGACAUACAGUGCCCCUGAAGCAUUUACUAAAAAUCAAACCGUCAAGGUUGAUGUGUACAGUUUCGGUGUCCUCCUCUGUGAGAUGUACAUCCAAGAAUUUCCAGAUCAACGAAGGCGUGAUCGGCAAGUCGCUAGGGUUAAAAACAAACUAAAUCGAGCCCUUAUCCGGAAAUGUUUGCAAUCAGAGCCUGAGGCGAGACCAAGCAUACAGGAGAUCAUCGAUGAACUUGAGGAACGUAUUUAAAAUAAGUUUGGUCAGUUUUGCUUUUAACGGAAUUAACGUAAUUCUGCUAUUACUAAUGUAAUUGUAAUGGUACGUAUGCUACGAAGUGACAUCUUGUGUAUUUGCCUUCCCCCCCCCCUGCCCCACAAUAAGACAUGAUUAAUUCAUAAUUUAGAAUGAGAGGAAGGCAUGAAACUCCAAAGGAAUGGAAAAUGAUAAGUUUUAUGAUUUAUUUUGUUGCGCAGUUCUACAAAAAGCCCUCCCACCUUGAUUAAAAUCUUGAAAGAAGACCCUUGUCGUAUUUUUGGUAAGGUUUGAAAUUAGGGGGAUGUCAUUUUAUAUUACCCCAAUUCUAGCUGAACCAAUUUCGGCAUAUGUUUGAUUCAGUAGCGUGCAAUUGGUUUUUUGAACAAAAUGUGCUUUUCAGUAGUCCACAGACUAAAUUUACAUCGAAAUAGUAUACGGGGAAUUUAUGGGAAAAUGUUCUCUUGAUUGUGCAGCGAACCGUAUCGAUCAGUUUCUUAUCGUGUGACUGGUUCUUGCGUCAGCGUGUAUUUCUCAAGUUAUGAAGUGAGCAGGUAGUUUUGAGAGCACAAAUGAUGAGUAAAGGUUGCCUGAGGCGCAGCCAAGAACGACUUUAUCUUAUUGAGUGCUUUCGAAACUUUCAAAGGACUUUUUAUCUCGAUGAACGCACAGCCACACAUAAGCCAAGCUUUUUAAACAUUUAUGCAACGCACUAGUUAAAGUGCUUUGUAAAGAAGAAUUCGAUCUGCUGCACUUCCUGCUUACUUACAGUCGAAUAGCAUACAGAGUGGGAAUACGUAGCUUGCCAGUUCAAUAAAUCAUGACUUAGAUACGUCCUUAAUACGCAAAAUAAAUAUUUCGCUUGCAUUACGUUUGAAAUAGCGAAAUAGCUAUAUGAUCUUGUAAAGGCGUGCACAGACCUUUACUUCUGAGCCAUCUCGCGAAGUGAAUUCUUUACCUUUAAAGACCUCUUUAUUAAAUUUUAAAACAGGUGUAUUGCGCUACAAAGACUUGACAGUUCCAGUUCAAAUUCCCUACCCCAUCCAGGCAAGGUUCAAAUUCUUCACCCCCAGGCAUACACAACAGAUAGGGAUCAUAAUAGGCCAGCGAAACGAGGUCAAGUGAUAGGCUAUCUUGAAGGUUGAUUAAUAUUCAAGAAAUUUUAUUUAAAGAUAACGAGUUUUUACGGUUUGUAUU